GGUGGUGGAGCCGACUGGAGGGAGGGGAGGCUGUGGCGAUGGAUGGGCUCGCUGGCGCGCGCGGUGGCCGGUCUCAGGUUUGGGCAAAUUUAAGAAUAGAGGGCGACUCGAAGGAGACGGACGAUCUGCAUGCGAUGCUAUUUUGGACGUCCGCUUUGUCGCUCUCAGGGUGGGGGGUGGCGGGCUAGUGCCCAGAUUGUAGGUGGGAAGACGAUCCGAUUCUCCUCUCGCUCUUCGUCCGUCGGCUGGCCAACGAUGCCACUGCUGCGCUGCUGCUGAUCAUGAAAAGCUGCUGCUGCUGCUGCUGCCGCGACUCGCUGUGGCCGGCUCUGCUCUGCUCCGCCCUGCCCCGCCCGGCCCUGCUCUGCCUGCUUGCUUGCUUGCUUGCCUGCGGGCGGGAGGGAGGGAGGGAGGAUUCAUGGACUCGGGUUGUAGUCCGAGCGGCGAGCAGCAACAACUGGAGUCCUUGCGAGAGGGCGAAUCGUGUCCGGGAGAUGCCCUAUCCACGACCCGUCGCACCUCCCGUCGAGGGCUCGAGGUUGUUGAGCCGUCGAUCGGCCUCUCUUUCUGGCAAGUCUCAUGCGCCACGAGGUUGGUCCGAUGUCAUGCGGUUGCUUGCUCGCCUCCCAAAAGUCUAACCUUCAUCUGUUCUACGUUUAGGUUUCAGACUAGAAUACGAUAGACUGGAUAUGGAGAUCCCCUUUCCGUCUGCUUUUGCUGUAUGUCUACUCGAUCCUUGCUUUUGACACAGGAGGGUAGAGUUGUUGCGGUGCCCCUUUACAUUUUUGUUCUCUUUACGUUCGACAUUUCCAGAGUGAAAAUGGUGUAUGAAAGUUGAACCGUGGAACAAAGAUCCAAGUAGCAAAGCCGAUUGCUUCUCCUUU